CCAGCAAAAAGGAGGGCUGGAAAAUUGAAACCCACCAGACAGUAAAGAAAGGAUUAACAAAGUUGCAGCAGAGCAAAGGCAAAGCUGUCAACAGACUCUCUCUAUUGUUCCUUUUAAAAGGCCAAAGCUUAACACUCUCCAAAGCCCCCCUCAAAUUCACCCACCAUUCGUCGGCUGUACUCUCAAGAUCUUAAACAUGAAAGCCAGAGAUAGCAGCAAAGCUCAAGCUCCUCCUCCUCCUUCAGCCGAUCUCUUGGUCUGCUUUCCUUCCAGGGCCCAUUUGAAACUUCUCCCCAAGCCCAUCUGCAGCCCUGCGCGGCCGCCGGAAACCGCCAAGCGCCACCACCACCACCACCACCAUGGCAAGAAGUCCGGCAGCAGGUUCGGAGUGGGCCAAGCCAGCCCGCUGUUGUGGGCCGCCAAAACCAAGGCAAUGGGCUCGGAGAUCGCCGAGCCGACGUCGCCCAAGGUCACCUGCGCCGGGCAGAUCAAAGUCCGGCACAAAGCCGGCCAGUGCAAGACGUGGCAGUCGGUCAUGGAAGAGAUAGAAAAACUUCACAACGAGAGGAAACACAAGAAGAGGGCCAAUUGGGUCGACGCUCUCGGAUUCAAGAAGGACGUGAUGCACUUCUUGGCUUGCUUGCGCAGAAUCAAGCUUGAUUUCCGAUGCUUCGGCGCGGUCCCGAGCUCGGAAGUCGAUUCCGACGACGUCGACGAUGAUGAAGACGAUGGUUUCCGGGAAAAGGACACCGGCUUGGAAGGAGGCGACGACGGCGAAACCUCGAGAACCAUCUUCUCGAAAUGGUUCAUGGUUCUGCAAGAAGAUCAAACCAGUAGGAUUGCCAGAGAAGCGACUAAAGAGCCAAGCAAAUCAAGGAAACGAUUAGAUAAAGACCCUGUUCCGACAUGUGUUCCGCCGCCGAACGCCCUAUUACUCAUGCGUUGUAGGUCUGCUCCUGCUAAAAGCAGGUUAGUAGAAGAGACAGAGAAUGAGGAAGAAGAAGAAGAAGAAGAUGAUGAUGAUGAUGAAGACGACGACGAAGAAGAAGAAGGAAAGAGAGCUGAGGAACAAGAAAGCAGAGCAAAGUUGGGAAUGGAGGAAGAGAAGAGAAACAAGAGCUUGGCAACGGUGAUGAGAUGUGACACUGAUUUCUACAGAUUUUCAUCUGAUAUUGCCAAGGAAACAUGGAUUCUUGGUGGUCUCAAAGAUCCAUUAUCGAGGAGUCAAAGUUGCAAGAGAUGAUUCAGAAAUGAUGAUGAAGGUGAUCUCUUUUGCCUUUGUUUUUUUUUUGGGAUGGUUCAUCUAUACCAUAGUAUUUCAAUUUUCACUGUUAUUUUGAUCUUUUCACUUGUAUUAAUUAAUGGCUUUGGUUGAUUGUUGUGCUAUGAGGGGCAAAUGUGUAAGCUAAGGUGUACAGCUUGUCAAUCCAUAUAAAAGAUUAAUUCUUCUUUUGCUUUGAUGUUAUAUAAAUAAU